AUGCUAUCCCCGUCCUCGCCUGUUGUCGCGGCCGACAACACAACCCCUGGACAAUGGAAUUCGAGACCAGCCACCAGAACACGCACAUGCGCACAGAGAAAGGUGUACGGAAAACGAAGAGCGGAUGCGCCCAGAGCAGUGUUUGAGCAGCGAAGUCCAGCCAAAGAUCUGGAAAAGCAAGCAAAAAAGGCUGUUCAGGGUGCUGUGGAGGGCCUUCGAGAGAAGUUGGCUGAGGUUACGAUAGAGGAGCCUGCGUUUCAAGAGCCAGAACCCGAGAAGCCUCAGGAAAAGGAAGCGAAGGUGGAAGAAGAUGACGAAGAGGAUAUUCAACCUGAUGAGACUGAACAAGAGGCACCUAUGCCAGAAGCGACACCCACCCUUGUAUCCGAACCGCAAGACGAGCCAUCCCCAUCGGAACAAUUAUCACCAGACCGCAGCCCUAAAGAAAGCACGAAAUAUGAAACAAUGGUCGAAGUGAGGAUUAGCCCGAAGGUGUCGGUUGAAAGACCUCGGAGACGCAAGCAAGCUACCGAAGGAACCACGGAGAGCGGACGGCGAUCAGCAAGAAAGGAUAAGCCAGCACCGCGACUAUCAUCCGGUUGCAUCACAGAUGAGAAGGCAAAUGCCUACGUUCGACCAAUUCUGAACGAAGCGUUAUCCCCGGUCGCCGCUCAGAGCGUACAAAAGUUUGGAUCAUGGGCGGCUCGUGCGGGCAACUUGUUGGAAGUGGUGAAGAUCGCAGAGGGUUCGUAUGGAGAAGUCUAUAAACUACGGCUGCGGGAGGAGCUGUGCAAAAAGGAAAUGUCCAAAUCCAAGCUUGCGCGCCUAAAGGCCUACGGUGAUGGUGUGUUCAAGGUGGUCCCUCUGCGCGCUCAGAGCGGCCCUGGUUCGAAGAAGUUUACUAGCGUGGAGGAAAUUGUCUCCGAAGUGAAGAUGCUUAAGUAUCUGGAUCCAAUCCCUGGGUUUGCUCGCUUUCGGGAGAUCCACGUUGUUCAGGGUCGCUUCCCGGAAAACUUCCAGACGGCGUGGGACUACUACAAGAAGACCAAGGACGACUGUCUGAAUCCGAAUCCGUCUAGUAAACGGGCGUACCCCGACUCACAACUCUGGGCAAUCAUUGAGAUGGACGAUGCUGGGUGCGAGCUGGAAAAGUUCUCUUGGUCAUCAAUCUUCCAGAUCUACGACAUCUUCUGGGGAGUCGCAAUGGCCCUUGCACGGGCGGAGGAAUAUGCAUUGUUCGAGCAUCGAGAUCUCCACCUUGGUAACGUCUGCAUACGAAGCACGCGCCCCGAAGGCCGCAUGGAUCCACCAACCGACCACGAAAUCAUCAGCCAGUCAUUCACGAGUGGCUUUGGACUCAGCACCCUAGAAACCACCAUCAUCGACUACUCCCUCUCCCGCGCGGAGUUACGCAUGAGCGAAGAAACAGAGCUCGUCGAAGUCGCCUCUUCGGAUCUGGACAAGAAACAAAUCUUCGACGCCAUCGGUCGUGACGAAGACGAGAUCAUGCUACGGAACACCUACAGAUACAUGCGCGCCGAAGUCUACCACGGCGAACCUCUCAGAACCGAAAAGUCUCCCGAUAUCCCGGGCAUCUGGGCCGAGUACGCCCCACGAACCAACCUCGUCUGGCUCGUAUUCCUGCUCAAGUCCCUACUCAAAAACAGAAAGAGCGAGCCAGCAGCUACGGCACCGGCGACACCUGCUCGACAACCUCUUGCGCCAUGCUCGCCUAAUAGGGGCUUGAAGAAGCAGGUAGCGAGAUCUCCGCUGGAGAAAAUAAAGCAACAGCAGCAGCUGGAACACAAACCGAGAGUUACGGCUGCGACGCAGGAAUAUAUUUCUCAAUUGAAGAAGACGUUGGAGGAUCGAUUACAGGGUGUUCUGGAGUUGCUGGAUUUGGAAAGUGGGCAUGAAGAUAUGUGUUGUGCGGCGGAUUUGGUGGCGUAUGCGAUUGAUACGCAGUGGUUGGAUGAGAAGGAUUUCUUUUGA